AUGGCGACACGCUCUAUUGAUGGCCUCGAGGGUCUCUUGAGAGAGCUCGGCGUAGGUAUAGCAAUGCCUACGUAUGUUGGGUCGGAUGCCUUAUGGAAACCGAUCGACAUAUACCGCAGCUACUUAGCCGAUAUGGCCUCAAAGGCGCUGGGCUGCGAUGCAGGUCUGGCAUAUGAGGCUAUCCAAAGUGCAAAUGUCAAAGACAACACUGACCUAACGCUUGUCUUACCGAAACUAAAAUGGGGCAAUUCUAAGCCGAAGGACCUUGCCAAGGAGGCUUUCAUGAAGUUUUCGUUAACCCCCCUAUUCCAAAUGCCAAUUCCCGAUGGCGUACACUUACGCUUCAUUUUCUCAACCUUAACACUACCCCGGUUGAUACUCUCAUACAUCAAUGAUCGCACGGAGAACCAUGGACAAGGCAGACUGUUGUAUGGUCAGCCAUUACCCCUCACUGAUGGUGUCACCAAAAAGGUAGUCAUUGAGUUCUCGUCCCCAAACCUCGCCACGAAGUUCAACUCCCAUCACCUCCGGAGCACAGUCCUCGGCGCACAAAUUGCUAAUCUGUACGAAUACGUGGGAUGGGAUGUGGUAAGGUUAAACUUUCUAGGGGAUUGGGGAAAAGAAAUCGGGCUGCUCGGUGUCGGGUGGAAGAAGUUUGGCUCAGAAGAGGCGUUUCAGGAGAACCCGAUGGGCCACCUUCACGACAUCUAUGAAAAGAUCAACGAGCAGUUCAAGCCGGAGAAAGAGGCUAGUCGCAAGGCUCGUGAUGAAGGCCAUGACACUGCUGAAAUAGAAGGACAGGGAAUCUUCGCGGAGCGAGAUGGGUUCUCGAAGAGGAUGGAAGACGGCGAGUCCGACGAAAUCGGCUUCUGGAAGCGGGUGCGUGAUGCCAGCAUCGCCUACUAUACGCAUACGUACGAACGGCUCGCCAUCAGUUUUGACGAGUUUUCUGGUGAGUCACAGGUUAAUCCGGAGUCCAUCGCAGAAGUCGAGGCGGUUCUCAAGGAAAGGGGUAUCUAUGAAGAAAGUGAUGGUUCUUGGAUCAUUGAUUACAGCAAGCAUGGCCCUAAGAGCCUCGGUGUUUCGGUCCUAAGGGGUCGCACGGGAAGCACAUCGUAUCUUCUUCGAGACAUUGCCGCCGUUCUCGAUCGCCAUAAGAAGUACUCAUUCGAUAAAAUGAUCUAUGUCGUCGCCGCUGAGCAAGACAUCCACUUCCAAAAAGUAUUCCAAGCGCUUCGAUACAUGGGUCAUGAAGACCUAGCAGCACAGCUUGAGCAUGUGAGUUUUGGAAAAGUUCAAGGCUUACCGAAGCAGUUGGGCGAAGUUCACUUACUCGGAGAGAUACUGGAUCAAUCAGCCAAGGAUACGCUCAAGGUACUCGAAACAAACCCAUAUGACCACGCUGGGAUUGAUGGCAAUGAGAAAUCUGCCGAUAUCCUUAGUGUUACCUCUCUGAUCACGCAAUUUUGUGGUCUCGGCAAACGGGCCACCUCCUACACCAUCAAUACGCAGUGGCUCGCUUCAUUCGAAGGAGACACAGGCCCAAGCCUACAACUCUGCUACGCGAAACUCCGCGCAAAGAUCAGCGAAUCGGAGUCUGAAGAGGCAGUCUUAGCCAACGUCGACUACACGUAUUUGCAGGAAGAUCCUUGGACGGAGGUCCUUCGCGUGAUGGCUCAAUAUCCGGACGCUGUCGAUGCUGCGAUCAAGAGCCAUGAACCAUCCAUGAUCCUCACAUACUUAUUCCGUCUCAGCGAGGAACUCCAAAACUGCCUAGAAGAUGAAUACGACGAUGAAGAUGAAGAUGAGAAUAAAGAUAAGGGAGAAGCGGGAUCCGAAGAACCACCCGAGGCCAUUCUAGCUCAGACGGUCUUAUACAAAUAUGCACAGCAGGUGCUUACGAAUGGAAUGACUGUCCUUGGGAUAGUUCCAAUAUCCUAA